CACUGUCACUAUGAGUUUCGUUUAGCGAAUUAAAAUAACCUCAAAAGCUCCAGUCGAAUAUAAGAAUUAGCUAUUUAAUUUCAUUUGAACGUUAACUAUCAACUUUAUAGAACUUUGAACCAAUUUUUGCAUCAUAAUGACUGAGGAAAUACAAAAAAAACUUCAGAAGGAGGUGGAGAUGAUCACCAGCGUCCAAAAAGAAUAUCAUAAGGCGGUUGCACAGAAACAACAAUUAGACAGUCAGUUAAAUGAAAAUAAAGCAGUCAAGGAAGAACUGAUGUUGCUUAAGAAGGAUGCUGAAGUCUACAAGUUAAUCGGACCAGUAUUAGUCAAGCAGGAUUUGGAAGAAGCGAAACAGAAUGUCGCAAAACGAAUGGAGUUUAUUACAAAGGAGAUCAAGAGAACUGACGGUCACAUUUCAGCACUGGAGAACAAGCAGGAAGCACUCCAGGAGAAUGUAAAUAAAUUGAGAAACGAUAUGGGGAAACUCAAAGUCAAAGCUUGAUGAAUUAACCUAUAAGUAAUGCUAUUUCUCUACUCUCCUCUAAUAUUACGCACUGCAAAUGUAUUUUAUAUCGAAAUAUAUGCUUAGUAUUAACAGUUA